CGCGGUAAAAUGACGUAGCUGUGAACCUCCCAGUUGUGCAGCUUGUUAUGGCGGCGCUUCUGAGAGGACUGCGGGCUGGAAGGCUCCUCCGCGGGCUGUCCGGCGUGGUCACUGCUCCAACAUCAACAGUCCCUCAGUGCCGCAGCCUGAGACGAGGCUUCCACCGCGCAGCACUCAGGCUGCAGGACGAGUCCAAAUCUGAUAAAAGCUCCUCAUCUUCCUCAUCAUCCACCUCCACCCACCGGGAGCAGUACCAGGCUCACUCAGCUGAACAGGAUACAGAAGCAGCUUCCCAGCAGGAUUCUGAUCCAAACAGCAGUGAGCAGGAUCAGGAUGAGGAGUAUGAAACGGAAGAACAGCUGCAGGCUCGCAUUCUGACGGCGGCUCUGGAGUUUGUCCAAUUACACGGCUGGUCCAUGGAAGCCAUCGCUGCUGGUGCUGAAUCUCUGGGUUUGUCCUCUGCUUCAACUGGGAUGUUCUACAAUGGAGCCGGAGACCUGGUCCUACAUUUCAUCUCCCAGUGCAACGCCAAGCUGACAGAAAUCCUGGCUGAACAACAUAAUCAGGUCCAGUUGGGCCAGGCAGAACGAAAGAAGACUGCUGACUUCCUAAGAGAUGCAGUAGAGACCAGGCUGCGGAUGUACAUCCCCUACAUCGAAACCUGGCCACAGGCCAUGAGCAUCCUGCUCCUUCCUCACAACAUCCCCGACAGCCUGAAGCAUCUCUCCACCAUGGUGGACGACAUCUGGUACUACGCCGGGGACCGAUCAACAGACGUGAGUGGAUCUUCUCACCCUCGAUCCCCCUUUUCUGCUGCUCAUACCUUCCUGUCCCCUUUUCAUCACCAUCCUCACCAUAUCCGGCCUGCUACCUCUCAGAUGAACUGGUACACAAAGCGGGCGGUGCUGACUGGUCUCUACAACACGACAGAGCUGGUGAUGCUGCAGGAUUCCUCUCCGGACUUCCAGGACACCUGGACCUUCCUUGAUAACCGCAUUCAGGAUGUAGUCAACAUGGCCACCACAGCAAAGCAGAUGCAGUCAACUGGGGAAGCCGUAGCACAGGGGCUAAUGGGAGCUGCAGUUACGCUGAAGAACCUCACAGGACUGAACCAAAGGCGAUGAUAUGAACACCUGAGGCACACAGUGCCCGACCAGCCGGAUGAUCUCAUGGACUGAAGAUGCCGUAUGCUUUUGGAGGCUGGGGCGUCUGCUGUUACUUAUUCAGUUGUAUGGCGCUGAAGGAAUUUAGUUUUAGUCUUUAACAACACAGAAACAUCCCGUUUGUCGAUCCCGUUUGUCGAGGACACCCUGUAUCUUUCUGUUCAUCUGCAGAAUAAGGGGAUAUUCUUUCUUUAAGUUUUUUUUUCAAGUUUUUCUAUGUAUUCAAGAACAGUUUCAAUUUGGUCUGUGAGCCCUAAGCCAAAUAAAGUGGUGUAUAUACAAUCUA